AUGCAGGACGAAAACACAGGAGUUCCUGUGAAGACUGUCAAGAGUUUCAUGACGAAGAUACCUUCGGUAUUUACAGGCACUGACUUAGUCGCCUGGUUGGCCCGCCAUCUCAAUUUGGAAGAGACGUGGGAAGCGCUACACGUGGCCCAUCUGUUAGCUGCCCACGGUUACCUGUUCCCAAUCGACGAUCACUGCCUCACUGUCAAGAAUGAUAAUACUUAUUAUAGAACCAGGCCCGAGCGUACGGCGCGUAGCGUUCCGCGCGCGCCUCCAAGAGCCAAUAGACCACCACAGACGGGGCCUUAUAGGGCUGAUGUUCAGCUGGCGCACCGGGGCAAGCGCAAUAAGGUACCGCGGCCUCGGCCUGGAGCAGAAGGGGAACGGGGGGGUUUUAGUCAGCAAGAAUUCCAAACUCCUUACUUCUGGCCCUCCAAUCAAUGGGAACCUGAGAAUACUGAUUAUGCGGUAUAUCUCUGCAAGCGAACAAUGCAGAACAAAGCGCGGCUGGAGCUGGCGGAUUACGAGGCCGAGUCCCUGGCGAGGCUCCAGAAGAUGUUCAGCAGGAAAUGGGAGUUCAUCUUCAUGCAGGCGGAGGCACAGAGCAAGGUGGACAAGAAAAGGGAUAAGUUGGAGAGAAAAGUGCUGGACAGUCAGGAACGAGCGUUCUGGGAUGUUCACCGACCUAUGCCGGGCUGCGUUAACACAACUGAAAUAGAUCCGAAGAAACUGUCUCGCAUUAAUGCUCUUAAGGCGAAACGUCUCCGACAAUGCCAGGAAUUGAUAUUACAACAUAACCUAAAGAAUAACCCAAUAGUGACGAUCACGAAUCCUCAAGAGAGCGAAGAAGAGAUUCAGAAGAAAAAUGAUAAUAACGUUAUCAAGGAGAAUGGAGAAACGUCUCAACCGGAAAUAUCGGUGACAUGCGUACCGGAAGUAUCAGUGAAGCCGCCGACCAUAGAGCAGCAAAUUGAGGCGGCGCGCCGCCAAGUAUCCAUGCUUCGCACGAGACUCGAACGGCGGAACGUGCGCGUCAGUAAAGUUGCUGACAUGUUUAUAGCCUACUGUGAACAGUACGCGGAGUAUGAUGCGUUCCUGACUCCCCCCGAAUGGCCAAACCCUUGGGUCAGUGACACCACUGACAUGUGGGACCAGGAAAAGCAAUGCAAGGAACCGCUCCCGCUACGCCGCGUCCGCCGUUGGUCGUUCUCCCUCCGCGAGCUCCUGCAGGACAACGCCGGCAAGGAGCAUUUCGCCAAGUUCCUCUCAAAAGAAUUCAGCGGAGAGAAUCUAAAAUUCUGGCUAGCAGUGCAGGAAUUGAAAGCGCUACCCAUACGUCGCGUGGCGGCUCGGGCCAAGGAUAUAUGGAAGGAAUAUCUCGCUGCUGAUGCCCCAUCGCCUAUUAAUAUCGACGCGGCAAGCAGGGAGCUAACUCGACAGAAAGUGGAAUCGGGCACCGCCGACCGAUAUUGCUUCGAUCAAGCUCAGGCGCACGUGUACCACUUGAUGAAGUCGGACAGCUACUCGAGGUACUUAAGAUCCGAAAUGUACAAGGAUUAUCUCAACGGAUCCAAGAAAAAGGAGAGGCAAGAGACACCGACUUCAGACCUUGGAGCCCCCUAA